AUGAGUGGGUCGCCAUCGAUUUCGUCGCUGCCGCUGUCGCUGGCAGCUCGUGAUGAAGUCGUUAUCGAUGAGGGAGUUGGCAUCGUGGUGCGCGUCCGCCCUCUCUCCACAAAAGAGCGGGCAGAUGCCAGGGUGCAUAACUGCAUUCAGUGCUUGCCGGACUGCGUCAUAAUUGGCGGCAGCCCCCCCACACGGGCAUCAAGGCGUGCGGGCGCGGCAGUUCCAACCUCGCAGCCGACACGUGCCACAGCUCGCCCAUACCAGUUCUCCGUCGAUCACGUGUUCAACACGCACGCCUCGCAAAUUGAGGUGUACGAGCAGUCGUGCAAGCGCAUCGUAGAGGGAGUCUUCCACGGCAUCAACGGCUCCAUCCUCGCCUACGGCGCAACCGGCUCUGGCAAGACGCACACCAUGUUUGGCAGCACGAUGAGUGCUGCUGGUAUUGUGUACCAGGCCGUCCAGGACAUCUUUGCCGAGAAGGAGCGGCUGGAGGAAGAGGAGGGCAAGCGGGUGCGCAUCAAGUGCAGCUUCCUCGAGAUCUACAAUGAGGAUGUGUACGAUCUGCUCGCCAAGCCGACUGGAGAGAACGGCGGCAGCGCGAAAUCUUUGGCGAACGGUGGCACUGGCGCCUCAGGCCGAGAGUCGAAGCGAGUCCCUCUUCAGGUGCGCGAGGCAUGCGGCGCCACGGCGUCCGCAUCUGCCGGCUUUGACGCAUGUGAAAGCGACACUAACAGCAACGGCGGGCUGCACAUUCAUGGGCUCACGCAUAUCUUCCCCGAGACGCUCGAGGACUUCGCCCGGAGUAUCGAGUACGGCCACGCACAGCGGUUUGUGGCCGCCACCGGGGCCAAUGCGCAGUCCAGUCGCUCACACGCGAUCAUCACUGUCGAGAUAGAGGUGCGUGAUGGCAACACCUGCGCCACCAUCGGCGGCUGCGGCUUUGCAUCUUCAAUGACGGAGGAAGGCGAUGCGUCAGAGACAAACAUGGAGCUCUCGCCAUCGAAGAGAGCAGCAAAGAAGAAAAAGAAGCCGCCGGGGUCAACGGUCACCAUCGCGAAGAUUCAAUUCGCGGAUCUGGCGGGCUCUGAGCGAGCCGCCGCGACAAGCAAUACCGGCCUGCGUCUUCGCGAGGGCGGCAACAUCAACCGCUCCCUGCUAGCCCUCGGUGCUGUCGUGCAGAGCCUGGCACAGCAGAAGGUGCGGCGGCGGCAGACAGGCGGAAAGGGUGGAGGCAAAAUGUUUAUUCCUUACCGUGGGUCCAAGCUGACGCGGGUGCUACGCUCCAGCAUCGGCGGCAACUGCCGCACGCAGAUCCUCUUCUGCCUGAACCCGAGCACAAAGCACACGGAGGAGGCAGUGAACACAUUGAAGUUUGCGAUGAACGCCAGGGAGGUUCAGGUGGAGGCGUACCGCAACGAGUUUGCCAUCAACUCAAGUCAACUAGCGAAGACACAGGAGGCGCUUAUCGAGGAGCUGCGAGAGGAGCUCACUCGCGCGCAAUCCGCCCUUGCUGCGUACACCGGCGAUGUCGGUGGCGACGACUCCUACAACAGCAGUGGCGGCGAAGGGAGCCAGUCGCGACUUGCUAACACGGUGCUGGCCACCGAGGGCGGUGCCAGCAGCAACGGAAGCCCUUUGAUGACUCCAACCACUCAACAGGGGUCGCUGCCAACGACGUUGGACAGCCCUAUUGUUCCCCUCAGCAGUGGCGAUCGCGACCGCAGUAGUCCGGCGCCUACACCGGCAGUGCCAGCCGUGCCCCCGUGUCCUAACAGGAACGCGCAGCGAGGCACCAUCACACCAUCUGCGGCGACCGCAGAUGAUGGAGCCUCAUCGCUGUCCAUGAACGCAUCCCACACACCCAUGCCAGUCAGUGGCGCUGACAUGCCGCGAGGUAGCAGCGUGCCACACUCGUCCCUCAACUGCCGCACCGCUCGACCGUCUGUCUUCGCCGAAAACACUCCGCUUUUCUCUGAGCUGGAGGCAAAGCUGAAAAACUUCUCUGCGCAGAAGGAAAGCCUUUACCACGAGGUGCGCGAGGCGCAGGAACGCCAGCGUGAUAGGGAGACGCAGCUGCGAGAGCAGAAGUGGCGACUUGCCACCUUUCUCGUCAGCAACGCCUCCGGCAACCAAGCACGCGAGGGGGUGGACGGCAACUGCACCACCGCCGUUGGCGUCGCCGGCCUGCGCAAGAUGAUUGCGGCCCUGGAGGCGGAGCAGGCACAGCAAGCAGACGAGCUGAAAGUGUUGACAAAGCGGCUCGAUGACGCAGAUCGGCAGUUCGCUGCCACACGGCAGGACCUGCUACGCGAGCGACAGGGCACCUCACUUGAGCUACUGUUGGACAAUGCCCGUCUGCGCCAAGGCUGCACGGAGGCCGAGUGCCUGGCCGCGCAUUACCAUCAGGAGUGCCGCUCGCUGCUCAACCGUCAGGCCGAAUACGCUGAAGCGCUAAGCAAGUGUGUUGAGGCCAUUCAGUGCCUUUGCCCGUACCUUGCUCAGCUUACUUCCCUCACAUCCUCACUGCACAGCAGUGUCAAUGGCAACGCCAUCGCGGCUGCGGUCAAGAGGGCGAAUGUGGCUCUCUUGUAUGCGCUGCUGCCCACCACGUCUACUGCGCAGAUGAUGGCUGUGUUUGAGUUCACGCUGCGCUUGACUAUGCAAUCGCCGCUGCUGUCGCCAGCGUUGCUAUCGGUUUCGGCGCUCUCACACUCACCUUCGCAGACGCCUUCCUUUGCGCACCCGCCGCUGGCACCAAGUCCGACGAACCGGUCCGGGGGCGGUGGCAGCAGCAGCAGCAGUCCACUGCGCGGUGGCGGCUCUUCAGGUACUCGUAGCUCGAAUCACCUCGCGUCGCACUUUCGCGACCUGAUGGCCACCGCCGAGUCGAUGCAUCUCACCAGCAGCAGCGAGCAGGAGACGAGCGACAAAACGGAGGGGGUCCGCACGCGUCACGGCCAUCUGGUCCUGCCGACGGCUGACAGCAGUAGUAGUCCAGAGCGGUGUCCUUCCAUACAGCAGGCGAGCAAGGGUGAUGGGUUCCGUGGCCGGGCUCCCGCAGCCGGUACCAGCGGUCCCUCCAAGGCGUUCAGGCGCACGGGUAGCUCCACAGGCUUGACGCGGGGCACAGUGUCGCCGCCAGCUGGAGGCCAGAAGAGGCGCUCCGGCCCGGGACCAGACAAGACGUCAUUGAGUGGAUUGACCGGCGAACACGUGCUUCGUAGCACCAACGGAGUAGCAGGAGGUGCAGCCCCCAAAAAGAAUUUGGGUGGUGGUGCACCAAGCGCGCACGAGCUUCAGCGGUCCGUCACCGCCCCGCUCCAGUUCGGUUCAGUGGUGUCGCACUCCACUAAAGCAGCUCGUAAACCGAAGGCCGUUGGGGACUCGGGCUCCGCCACUUCAUCACUGGCGCGACGCCACGCAGGUACGCAGCGGGUUGCCCUGCAUCGGGGACCCCAACGGACGCCCGACGGCAAUCCCGGUGGUGGGGACGCCGACGCGGCUUCCCCCUGCGCCUUUGUGCGCAGCAACACCGCGUCUGCAUUGCGGGCUAACGCAUCCGCCCUGCACUCUGCAGGCUACAACCUUAGAGGGCGGCCGAACCAUCGCAGCGGCGUGAGUUCGUCACCGCCGAAGCCUACGCAGGCGUCUGCGGAGGCGACAGGGCACAACGGCAGUAGUCGGAGCAUGCCGAGCAGAAACGGUCCAGCCAAGAAGAAGCAGAACAGUGGCAGCAGAACUUCAGGUGGCAGGCUCACUACCAGCACGUCAUCGUCUUACCCCGACGUAGACGGCGGCCAACCACGCGCACCGCCGCAUCAGGAGAGGCGGUGCAGCGGCGAUGGUGUGGAGUCGCACCUGCUCACUUCCGCAUCGCCGUCAGCAUCAAAGUUACGUCGUUCCAAUACGAAGACAGACAAACUUACCCGAUUCCAGGCGACAACUGCUGCUGGCAGUCCCUCUCGUAUGGCCAGGACAGCAGGGGCCUCGGUGCAGCGCCGGCUGGAUUGUGCUGAGGCCACUGCGGAGAGCCUCACUGCCGCAGUUAUCCCGUCCCGCAUCUUGUCCUCCAGCAGCGAUAGCAUCAGCCAGAGCGUGAGCUGCGAGUCAGGUUCCUCGGGCUACAAUAGAUCGCUAGAUGGCCAAAUUGCCACCUCUGGAGCGGGUACCAACGGAAAGAAAAAGGCCGCCAAUGGCGCACUCAGUAGCCCUGACAGCACCCCACAGUUGACGAUGGCGCGCCUGCUGGAGUGCGCGGCAGCGACGGCAGUGCCUGCGCUACCGCAGUACGGUGCCGGCUGCUCUCCAAAUACACACAGUAGUGACUGUGCCAACAAGGAGAACGGCCAACAACUGUUUCAGUUGCGCACCCGCACUUCCUUCACGGAUGACCUCAUGGUAAGUAUCAGCACGUGCCUCUCCGAUGCGCUAUCACCAACCAGUCGAGGGCAAGUAUCCUCAAGCUACUGCUAA